UUACCGUCAAGACCACAUAGAAAUACGUUUAGUUUGGUUGCGCUGCCAACAAGAUAUAAGGCAUUGGUUGAAACGGAUAAAAAUGUAAACAGAAACAUAUAGAUGGAAAUUGUCAUUAGAUGUAGAAAAGUGGCAUACAAAAAUGGCGAUGAAAUCAAAAACUGGUAUUUGUGCUAUAAUUUUAACAACAAUAGCAUGCAUUUUUGUUGUUAUUUCUUUCUGUACACCUUAUUGGUUAGUGAACGAUGGUCAAAUUGAAGAUCCCAAGUUUAUACGCAUUGGACUAUGGGAAGUUUGCUUCAGAAACUUUGAGGACUUUAGACAUCAUUAUGAUUAUCGUUUUACUGGAUGUUGGUGGGUUUUCGAAGAAGAAUAUUACAUAAUAUUUGACUUCCUUCUCCCUGGCUUCUUCAUAGCAACUCAGUUUUUCUUUACUCUUUGUCAAACUCUGGUUUUGGUUGGUGCCUUUUUAACAUGGAUGUACUGUUUUUGCAGUAGAGACCAUGACAAGUACCUGCUCUUAUUGCUUAGCAAUGGAUCAAUAUUAAUAUUAGCAGGAUUCUGUGGAUUUAUUUCUGUAUCGAUAUUUGGAGCUAAUGGCGAUAAUAGAGAUUGGAUGCCACACUGGCAACAUAAUGACUUAAGUUGGUCUUUUGCAUUUGGUUGCAUUGGAUCCCUCUUAUUAAUUCCUUCAGGUGCCUUAUUUUUGGUUGAAGCUAGAAAGGCUAGGUAUAGAAGAUUUGGUGGUAGUUCAAGAACUCCUCCUGCUCAAUAUACAAUGGAUCCUUACAAGCCAACUGCUCCACAUCAUACUGAUAUUUAAAUAUUUAAGUUAAGUGAUUAAAAAUGAAUCUCAUGUUUUAUGCAGUAAUAUUGCCAUACAUUUAAGAGCAACUCUAGAACUUUUACUUAUAUUGAGAGGCAUGGCUUUAAUAGACAAUAUAGUAGUUGUUAAAGUUGAAAUUUUUCAAAAAUACUUUGUUCAUGCAAAAGAAUUUUAGUUAAUAUAUCUGCAUAAAACUAAUGAUCUAUAUUUUCCCUAAUUUUUAAAAUAUAAGAUUGAAAAUUUUUUCAGUGAUUUACAAAUACACUAAUUUCUUGGAGCAGCUGUUGCCAGUCUAAUGGUAUGUUGCAUUAUUGUGCAAAUAAAAUUAACAAGUUUACAAUUAUCUGAUAGAAACUUACAAUUUGUUGGUAAAACUUCUAGUCUAAGAUGUAAGUUAAUAUAAAUGUUAAUUUAAUAAUUUGGGCAUUUAGAGAAUGUAAUAUAUAUAUACAAGUAAUUAAAUUGCUUGGCGAAACUGCUUUUUCCAAUAAAUUGGUGCUUGUUUAUUUCUUAUUAUGGUUCAGAAUACUUCUGAAGAGAAAUAUUUUUAUUUUGGCGACUUUCGUUUUUGUUUAAUUGUAUAAUAAACCUAUUUAUGUAGUGCAUUUUAUAAAAAUGUAGACAAUUUACCAAAUCGAACAUAACUUAUUCUAAAACUUUUAAAGUUUGAAGCUUUUAUAAUCUGGUUUUACACUGUUUAAUAUAUAUUUACAGCGAAAUAGGGUGUUAGCUAGAUUUUUUAACAAUUUAAUUUUAUUCUGGUAGCUGCUACUAACUUAUGAAAAACAUACAUUUACACAACAAAUAUGCUUAAAAAUGAUAAAUCAUCAAUUGAAACAUUUAUUUUUGUAUUGUUUAUUAACAGUCUCGAAGAGUUGAUUUUGAGUGAGAUUUCCAAAAUGUCAAAUGUCUUUGGUGGCUUCAGUACCUAUUCGUUAGGGUUGGAACUUUUUCAAAAAUAUGCUAAUGUUUCAAAGAGCUGAAGUUUUUCUUAUGAAUUGCUAGUAUACCACUGCUUUAAAAAGCACUUCAAAACAAAAAUACACAUUACUGCAGUGUGUCAUUUGUACUCUAAUAUUAUUAGGAAAUGAUUAACUAUUAUACUCUGCAUGCAAGUGUGUAUUUAAUUUUGACAUAUAUUGCAAGACCUCAUUUGCCGGUGAACUGAUGACCAUAAAAACUGCAACUGCAAAACACAUUUAGAGAAUAUUUUUUUGUUAUUCACGCACAUCUGGCCAAAAACAUAUUCCAUUUAAUUGAAAAUGAGUUUAUAGUUAACUUCUUUAUUUUGACAUGAUACUGUUUUUGGGAAAGAUGAAACAACUCAAAAUAUAACAUAUAUAAUCUCUUUAAAAAAACUCGUUUGGCAGCAUCCAAUAUGUUGAUAAACACACCUUACAAAUGGAUGUACUUGCGAGAUGUUAUAAUCCUUGCAAAGAAAACAAGGCAGAUAAGGUUAUUAUGUGAGUGAAAAAACCAUUAACAAAAGAAGCUCAAAAUAAAAACCUAUACAAGUGUAAAUAAUUAUUUAAUGAUUCCUAAGAAGAUAAUGGAAUGAACUAUACUGUCCCAAAUGAGAAAGGUAUGGUUAGAAGACAUACAAAUAGUUGAAGUACUGACAAGGGAUAAUCGUAGGCAUUGGAGAAUCAGUAUCAGACAGUAUAUAUAUAUAUAUAUAUAUAUAUAUAUAUAUAUAUAUAUUUGUCAAAGGAAUGAAGAAUUUAAUAAAAACCUAAGAAAGGAGUCUAGAAAAAUAUUGUACAUGAAUAUAGUGAAAAUUUGUAAGAAUAUACAAUUGUGUAUUAAUGACUUUCUUGAUUGAUCCUGUACCAUAUUUCACAUCAAAAUUAAAAUUGAACUGCAAUCAAAAUAUUUAUGUUGCAUAUCAUCCUACAAUUACCCGCACAUUAGAAAAAGUUUUACUUGGACAACAGUAAUUUACCAGAGUUUACUUUUAAUGCACAUAUGAUGCAUGUAAACAUAGUAUAAACCAAAAAAAAAGUCUCAUAGGUAUUUUCAUGCUUUUUGAAGUAAAUAUGUUAGAUGGCAGACAAUAAUAGACAGUUUACAUUAUCUGACAAUUUGUGCUGUAAAAUAUAAAUUUUAAUACUUCUAAUCUUGAUCUUGUACUUUAUAAUGUAAAAGUUUUAUUUAGCCUGUAUUCAAAAUCAAGCUGAACAUUUUUUGUAAUAACUAAAACACUGAUAAAUGUAUUUAUGUGUUACUUAAUGUUUACAUACCAAAAGCACUGCCAGAUAUUUUUCAUUAAUAUUGACUAUAUUAAUGAAUAUAUUGUAUAAAAAUACUUAUUUUUACGUGCACAUUUAAAGUGUUUUUUGUUAAAAUAUUUUAGUUAAAUUCGUAUUGCACAAUGUAUAUAGCCAUUACCCAAAAAACGUUCAAUUAAUCCAGUAACAAUGUGAAACGAAUUUAGGUCAUUGUUGCUUUUAGUACUUUGUGAAAAAAUGAUAUUGUACGUACACAAAUAUUUCUUCCAAAUCCCAAAUUCAACUUAAUAUACAUGUAAAAUUCAACAUUUCUCCAAUAUUUCCAUUUUUCGAAAUUUACAUUUUUCAGUAAUUCAAAGUUUCAACUCUUUAAUAAUCUCGUAUACUAUUUCAUAAUCUCUAUAGAAAUCAUCAUUGAUUUUUUCAAUAAUAGAAAUAUAUAUGGUUCAUAACUUCUCUAAAAACCAUCUAGCAGUCAAAAUACUGAAAUUCCAAUACUUUAAUAAUUAUCUGCUAGUGUUCAAAAGUAUUUGUCCACCAAAGGCAAUUGUUUACAAGCAAUUUUGUACAUAUUUUAAAAAUAGCAUGCUAUAUUUUACUCACAAACUCUAAUAGGUUCAAGUCCGGAAACUGCAUAGGUCAUUACACAUUUUUUGUAACGUACUGUUUUUUUUCUUUAAAAAAAUUCGAAUUAUAACAAAAUAUUGAAAGCAGAUGAUCUUCUCGAUUGUCGUUUUUACUUAAACCGCAUUGAACGAAUAGAUAUAUUAAAAGUACAACUUUUCCGAUGUCCUGAUUGUUUAGUUUAAUGUUAUGCCUUAGUUGCUUACUCUUUUGUGAACAGCUGAAUCUCUGAUUUUUGCCCGAUUGUUUUAUAUAAGUUUUUUUGCAUCUUUGAGGAUAGCGAUUUUCCGUCCAAUUUUUUAUGUAUUUUAGAAAGUAUUAUGUUUAUUAUUGAUUCAACAGCAGUUUGUAUUGAAUAUCUGUUUUCAAGCAGAUACCAAUUGUUAAUUUUUGUACAAAAUAAAGUAUUUUUAUAUUUCAA